CGAAGAAGAAGUGAACUUUGUUUCCAGCAGGUUUGUGAGUGUUUGCGUGAAGAUGCUGGUGAAGAAAUGACAGCUGUGCUGUCCUCUGACUGAUCAACAGAUGCCUUCAUCAUGAUGCUGAGCUGCAGCGGUCUGGUCGUCGCCCUCCUCCUCUCCACGGCCCGAGGCUUCCUGAACUUCUCGGAGGACGACGUCCCUGAUGAAUGGGUGCUGCUGCACGUGGUCCAGGGCCACAUCGGGGCGGGGAACUACAGCUACCUGCGCCUCAACCACGACGGCAGGAUCAUCCUGCACAUGCGCAGCCUGAAGGGCGAUGCCGACCUGUACGUGUCCGACAAGACGCUGCGGCCGAGCUUCGACACCUACAAGCUGCAGUCGGUGACCUGCGGCCAGGACGUGCUGGUGGUGCCGGGGGACUUCACGAGGCCCGUGGGCAUCGGGAUUUACGGCCACCCGUCGUACAAGGAGAGCGAGUUUGAAAUGCGGGUGUUUUACGAUCAGACGGUGCUGCAGGACCCGUUCGAAAAGGGCUUGUACCCAUUAGACGACGGACACCCGCAAAAUAGGUCGCCUCAGUCCACGGAUGAGGACUUUCAGGAGGAGGAGUCGAUCUUUUGGACGAUCCUAAUCGGACUUUUGAAGAUUAUACUUGAGAUUUUGUUUUGAAAGUGGGUUUUUUUUUUCUUUCUUUCCUUUCUCUCUCUGCUGCUGCUGCUGUAUCAGAAAGAGGAGAUUUCUUCCUGUGUGUUGGCUCAGUUAGUUUCAAUUAAUUAAUGAAUUAAUUAAAAGAUUAUUUUUCUUUCAAUCUGUACGGAUGGGAAUGUGUCACACCAGACUCCAGUGGGAACUCAAGCAUUUAAACAUAUUUCCUCUUACUUGCGAUCAAACAUACAAACUUAACACCUUAAAAGUUGAAGUUAAAUCUGUAUUUCCAGUCAUAAGUCUGUAUGUUUGACGAUAACAGGGUGUUUGUUGCCUUUUUCAUACACAGAGAAAAUUAAGUGCAUUAAGGUUAAAAAACAGGUUUCUACAUUUGAGCCUCUGAGAGACAAAAAAAGGUCAAGAUGUUGAACAAUUGUGGCAUCUUUUAAAGGAGCAGUUUGUAGAAUUUAGUGGCACCAAGUAGCGCAGACUUUGCAUAAAUUUAAUAUAUCUUUAAACAUGUUUUAAUUAGAGUUAAAUCACCUUUAUAUCUACCGAGGGUUUCUAAAGUAGCUCAGAAGGGUUUCACUUUGUGGCACUUGAUUCUAUGCACUACUUUUUAAAAGAAUAUGUUUUUUCCAUCUUAAUACAACACUCACAUGUCCAUAAUUAUAUUUAGAGAGUUAUUGGUCGCUGUGAUAAUUCCUCAUGUUCAUAACGGUUCUAAAGUGAUAAUUUCCUACCUCAACUACAAUAUAAGAGACAGAAGGAUUAAAUCUGUGGUCCUCAUUGAGUCUCUCUCUAAGGAUCUUUACAUCUUUUAUAUGUCUUUAUAUUCUCGUGUCUUUAUUCAAAGCUGGCAGGAAAACGAGGGAAGAGAGAGAAAGAUAAUCCUGCUGGACCGGGACUCGAUGUUGAGGGUUAUCAUUUCGUCAUUGGCAUCUUCAAACAAAAAGAGACAAAAGUUGUACUAAAAUAUAUGAAUAAAAAAGAAAGAUAGUCAGUCUGAAGUAUUAAACUCUACUUUUUUUAAUUUCUGGAGGCUGCUCGGCUUUUACGACCUGAUUUUAUUACCAGGAACCGAAAUGAAUUUGUCGAUUCCGAUGUUUAUAUUAUGUUAAUUUAAUAGAUUAACAGCCAAACUUUUAUCUGGUGUCUAUUGGAGGUAAUUCAGUGCAGUUAUCGGGUUUAUAAGAGGCAUUUAUGGACUAUAUAGCAGACUGCUAAUAGAGAGAAGCAGGGUGACGGCUUAAUGGUUAAAUAUGCGUAGAAUAAAAUGCUAUAAGACAGUUUAAACUCCGGCUGAUCGCUGCAAAUUUCACCUUAUCUGAUUUUUUUUAAAAGGUGAAAAAUCUGCUGGAAGAUCUGUUUUUAUGAAGCACGCUGAGACUUUUAGCCAAAUCAAAUGGGUUUCGUUUAGAGCUGCAACUAAAGAUUUAUUAUCAGUGAAUCUGUUGCUUAUUUUCUCAAUUUUAAUCAAUCUCAAAUAGUAGUUCAGUGUGUGGAGUUUACAGUCAUAGAGGACUAAAGAUGACAGAAUAUAUUCACAUUUAACAUUUACAUACUGUUCAUAAGUAAUCCUUUAUAAUUAAUGCACAUACCAAGUUUUGAACCACAAGUUUCCUUCAGAUUUUGACGCUAUUAUAGUGAAAAAAACCUCAAAAUUCACAAUCAUGUUGUGUUAUCUAAAAUGAGAAAGGAUGCAACAAUAUUUGAUAUUAGUCUUCAUGAUAACUUUUUAACCUCUGUGCAAAAAUAAAUCAUUUAUUGGACAUUUCUAGGUAACUAUAGGAAGAGUAAUACGAUGUCAGGCUUAAACUAAUGUAAUUUAUGUGUUUUUAACCACUUUUAAAUGUCAAAAAUGGGUCAAAUCUGAACGGAACAGUAUUUAAAGGGUUAAGAAGCUGGAAUCAGUAACUUUUGACUCUUUUUUUCUUUCUUUUUAAUGUCUCAAAACUGUUAUUAGACUAUUGAAAUCUUUGGGAACUUACUGAUCCAUCGACUAAUUGUUGCAGUUCUAGUUUCUUUCGUGUGUGAUUCCCUCUCUGAAUGAAGAGAUUACGAACACAGAUGAUUCAUCUUCACACAAACUUUCAUGACAGAUUCCUGCUUUGAUGCCUUUACCUCCGUCUGUAUUAUUUAAACUCUGCGUCCGUCACAGUGUCUUUAACCUUCGUUUCGUCCUCCCGGGUCAAAUUGACCCAGUCUGUUUUGACUGUUCCUUCUUUCCUCCCUUCCUUCCUCCCUUCCUUCCUCCCUCCGUCUCUCUUUCCUCCUUUCCUUCUUCCAUCCCCCUUUCUUCUUUCCUCUGUACUUCUUUCCUUCCCUCUUCCCUUCCUCUUUUUCUUUCUCCCUCCCUCCCUCCUUCCUUCUUUCCUCUAUCCUUCCUUCCUUCCUUUCCUUCAUCCUUUAUUUCUUUCCUUUCCUCCCUUCCUCCCUCCUUUCCUUCCUUCCGUCCUUCCCUCCUACCUUCCUUCCUCCUUUCCUAGCUUCUUCCUCCAUUCCUUCCUUCCUCCCUCCUUUCCUUCCUUCUUCCUCCCUCCCUUCCUUCCUCCUUCCCUCCCUCCCUCCUUUCCUUCCUUCUUCCUCCCUCCCUUCCUUCCUUCUUCCCUCCCUUCCUCCUUUCCUUCCUUCUUCCUCCCUCCUUUCCUUCCUUCCUUCUUCCUCCCUUCCUUCCUUGACUCUGCGUCCGUCACAGUGUCUUUAAACUAAGAAGGAGUCGCUUCAUAAAGCCGCAGUGAGGAACGAUCACAGCGACUAAUAACUUUGAACAUGUUGAGUGUUUAAAAAGAGAAACAUACGACAGACGCUCGGCUUGACUGUGAAUGAAAGAAACCGCCUUGUCUUAAACUCUGUGUGUUUGUUUGGAAACUGAAGCAAUACAAUCGUCUUCAACCACUUUAGAGAAAUAGUUGAUUGUUGGACGUUAAGUAAAGUCUGAAAAAUACAUCGAUAUCGACCGGCUCAGUGAUCACCAAAGCAGACCGUGGUUCUUAGUUCACUGUUAUUUCUUUAGGUUAGACUCCACAUAGGGAAACGUCUGGUGUGUGAAGACAUUUUUUAUUUUUUAAUCGUCUGCUUUGAUUAUUUUCUUGAUUAUUUAUUUAGUGAGAAAAACAGAAAAACCUGUCACACACUUUCCCUGAAGCUCAAUGUGACUACGGCUGCAACUCAUUGUGGAUCUCAAUUAAUCGAUUAGUUGGUUCUUUUUAAAACGUCCUCAAAUGUCUUCAAUUCAAAGAGAUUCAGUUGAAUGUCAUAAAAAAGAAAGAAACUGGAAAAUAUUCACAUUUGAGAAGCUGGAAUCAGACAAUUUGGACAUUUUUUAUCUUUAAAACUGACUUCAACUGAUUAAGCAAUGAUUAAAAUAGUUGAUUAAUUCAAUAGUUGGCAACUAAUUGAUUAAUCGAUUAAUCAUCAGUUUACUGUAAUGAAAGAGCCAGAAAUGCAGCAAAUUCGUACGUUUUAGGAGCUUAAAACCAUCAAAUAUUUGGGAUUUUUGCUUUAAAAAUGACCUGAUUGUUGGAAUAGUUGUGAAUUAAUCAUCUGUGAGUCGAUUAAUCGAUUAAUCGUUGCAGCUCUACAUCAGCAUUAACGUUUCAUUUGGGUUUUUUGUUGUCAAAACAGAAAAUAUUCACAUUUGAGAAGCUGGAAUCAGAGAAUUUGGACAUUUUGUAUCUUCAAAAAUGACUUCAACUGGUUAAGCAAUGAUUAAAAUAGUUGAUUGAUUCAGUGGUUGGCGACUAAUCGAUUAAUUGUUGCAGAUUUAAAUCGUUUACUGUAACAAAAAAGCCAGAAAUGCAGCAAAUUCUUACAUUUUGUGAGCUUAAAACCAUCAAAUAUUUGGUAUGUUUGCUGUAAAAGUGACUUGAUUGUCUAAACAGUUGUGAAUUAAUCAUGUGUAUUGAUUAAUCGUUGCAGCUCUACAUCAGCAGCAACGUUUCAUUUGGGUUGUUUUUUUUCCCGCCUGUUGGACGAGCUCCUGAUGGAUUAGUUUGAACGUCACCUCGAGGAUCGUCAGGAGUUAGUUUACGAGUCGACUCGUCACCACUGAGCAGAAAUUGUUCUAACUGUGCCUUCGGAUCAGUCGUCUGCAGGCUUCCUGUCACCCAGAGACGAGUCAAUUAUCAGGUUUCUUAAUAAAGCAGCUGUUUGUCAGACUGUUCAACUUC